UUAGCAUUUCCUUGUUUGUUGUUGUUUAGUGUGUGGCAUUUUUAGAGAGUUAAAAUUAUCAUAAAAUAGGCGAUAAAGUUGUACUGAAAAUUGCAAGUCAGAUUAAUUGUAGAAUAUUUUUGUCGAUGAUUAUUAAUUAUUCCACAGGUAGCUAAGGAUUAGGAAUAGUAAAGCUACCUGGGUAGAAUUGUAUUAGCAAGAGACUUUUUUUUUUUUAAUAGCUUAGCUGCUGGACAGCUGUGUGUGUGUGUGUUCUCUGUCGAGUUGAAUAGAGUGUAGACGAGGCUAAGGUCUGUUAAUGUAUCCAGGGUUUUUUAACUCUAUAAUGAUUAUCUGACCGAGCUCAAGGGAAGCGACUGCUCUGAGAAAAGCCCGAAGCAGCUAUCGUUAGCCUGCUAGCUAGUUAAAUAGAAGCGCGUCGCUGAAUCAUGGGCUCGGUACUGGGCCGAAGGAUCGCCGGUGUGGAGGAUAUCGAUAUUCAGGCGAAUUCUGCCUACAGAUUUCCUCCAAAAUCUGGGAAUUACUUUGCGAGUCACUUCUUCAUGGGAGGAGAGAAGUUUGACACCCCUCACCCUGAAGGUUAUCUGUUCGGUGAGAACAUGGAUCUCAAUUUCCUCGGAAACCGUCCAGUACAGUUUCCGUAUGUGACCCCGGCACCACACGAGCCUGUGAAGACUUUGAGAAGCCUUGUCAACAUAAGGAAGGACUCCUUGCGACUCGUCAGAUAUAAAGAUGAUGGUGAUACACCUACUGAGGAAGGAGCGAAACCUAAGUCUUUAUACGGGGUGGAGUUCACCUUUGACUCGGAUGCCCGAGUGGCCAUCACUAUCUACUGCCAGGCGUUUGAGGAAUUCUCCAAUGGAAUGGCAGUUUAUAAUCCCAAGAGUCCUGCUAUGGUGUCUGAAACUGUGCACUACAAGCGAGGAGUGAGCCAGCAGUUCUCCUUACCCUCCUUCAAGAUCAGUUUUUCUGAUUGGAAAGAGGAAGACCUGAACUUUGAUCUGGACAGAGGUGUUUUUCCCAUGGUCAUCCAGGCAGUAGUGGAUGAAGGAGAUGAUUGUUUGGGACAUGCACAUGUGCUGUUGGCUGCCUUUGAGAGACAUGUUGAUGGCAGCUUCUCAGUGAAGCCUCUAAAGCAGAAACAAAUUGUGGAUCGGGUUAGUUACCUGCUCCAAGAGAUCUAUGGCAUUGAAAAUAAGAACAACCAGGAGACAAAGCCUUCUGAUGAUGAGAACAGUGACAACAGUAACGAGUGUGUGGUGUGUCUGUCAGACCUACGGGACACACUCAUCCUGCCUUGUAGACAUCUGUGUCUUUGUAACUCAUGUGCAGAUACACUACGCUACCAGGCCAACAACUGCCCCAUCUGCAGACUACCAUUUCGUGCCCUGCUGCAGAUCAGAGCAGUGAGGAAGAAGCCUGGCGCGCUCUCUCCCGUCUCCUUCAGCCCUGUUCUGGCUCAGAGCAUGGACCAUGAUGAGCACUCGAGCUCUGACUCGGUUCCCCCUGGCUUUGAGCCCAUUUCCCUGUUGGAGGCUCUCAAUGGCCUCACUGCCAUGUCCCCUGGUGUGCCAUCAGCCCCUCUGUACGAUGAGAUCAACUUUUCAGGCAGCCUGAGUGGGGACAGCAGGCAGCUGAGCUCUCCUGAGCACUCUGGAGAAAGCAGCCUUCAAAAGGGCAAAGUCAGCAAGUCACCUGACAGCACGCUACGCUCACCUUCGUCACCUAUUCAGGAGGAGGAUGAGGAGAAGCUGUCGGAGAUGUCUGAUGCACAGGCCCACACCCUGCUGUCCAGCAGUCCAGCUCCGACCGAGGGUACUGGGGCAGAGGAUGCGCCUGACUCUCUAUCUCCAGAAGACGAGGACAGGGUGAAUUCUGAGGGAGAGAUGAUGGCUGACUGCAUCAGCGAGCGCAGCAGCCUGACCAAAGCGGAGAGCGACCCACCAGGUUUCUCAGGCUCCAUGGAGAGUUUGAUUACUCGGAGCACAAGCUGCUCUAGCCAGCCACUGCUCUGUCCCAUGAGCACUUUGCACAUGGAGGAUGAAUAACUGGACCUUGAUCCCCUUCUGUCCCUGAGGCUAAUUCUGCUGGCCCUGCCCGAACCGCCGUUAAUGGCGUCCUCUUCAGCCCUAUUCACACAGCCAUCAACAGCAGUUUCUCUUCCAAUCCAGUGUCUAGUUACUCAAAUGGUGACAUUUUUGUGCGUAUAUCAGUCUUCUGUUAUUUCACCUAUUCGGAGCUGAAUUUUGUUUAGUGCAAGUUUUAAAAUGUAUUUAUUUAGAAAUGCUCUCAAAUCCAGCGUAGCGUACAAGCAGUUGGGAAAUAAGAGGAAAAUAGGAUUUCCUCUGCUGCUUGGGUUUAACACGGUAGAUUUGAGUCAUUAGUGGAAGAAAUAUUAGUAUUACUACAGAUACAACACUAACCUGAUAUGGUUCAUGUUUAAAGCACAACUAAAUAUUUAACAUUUUUCCGAAAGCUUUGAUGAGUAAUGAAAGCAGUGUUGAUUAUAAUGUAAAGAUGUUAAAGAUAUUUGUGUAUUACAGAUCUGUAACUCAGUGAAUUUGAUAUGAAGUCAUAUUUUAUAGCAAGCCUUGAGCGAACUCAUCUUUCUGUUUUAUUGAGUGAUGGAGGGACUCUCCAGAACCAGACUGUGUGUGUGGGGUGUACAAACUUUGUUUUUUGACAAAAUAUAUUGCUUUAACUGUAUUUGCACCUCCUUCUACAUAUAUAUUCUGUAGAAUGAACUUAUUACACUAAAUUUUGUGAUAGUAUACUAAUCAUUCCUUUAACAUAUCUUCUUCUAAAGGAGAAAUGCGGUUGAGUUGGUGUGCAUUAACCCAAUUGUAACAAGACAUUGUGAACACUUUUUUUUUUUCUCUAUCUCCAGCCGUUUUUGGAUAUCUCUUUCCUAGCGCACAAAUAUUUAAUCAUUUUACUCUUAACAUGUAUUCAUUCCAUCUCCUCUAUCCCAAAACACCACGAUAUGCAACUGCUUUGUAAAUGCAUCAUUAUGCACAGAGGUGUAUGUGCCUUUAAAAACAAGUCUGGCUACUUACUGCUUUGAGCUGUUCAGGUCUUGUAAUUAAAGAACACAUUUGGAGGCUUGAGACGUGUGUAUUAUUUCAGCGUUCUGUAUAUGACCAUGCAUUGAAAUGCACUCUAUACUCUGGGCUUAUCACUUCUAUGAUACUAAGUGAUGGAGUAUAAUUUUAUGACUAAACAACCACAAUAUUUGACAGUUAUAUUAAUUGAUACUUGUUUUGUGUGUGUAGACCAUUGAGUGAUCAAGAGUUGCUAUGAAUAGAUUUAUAAUUAACACACACAUUGUUGAUUGCUCUGUAAACUGGUUAUUAAAGUGCAUAUGCAAUAUUGAUAAAUUGCUUUAAUAUCAGACGAUGCUCUGCAUGAUGUGUAAAUAAAGAUGAUAUAUUUAACACACU